ACGAAGAAGGUGAAAACAACGCCGAACCGUGGAAGAUAAAACGUUAUGGUCCACGAAAAGAGAAACGUCACAUCAAAAUCACAGCCUCUUAUGGUGGAUGCAUUUGAUUCGAUCUAAACGGAGAAGGUCUCUGUUGACAACAUGGGACAGCAUCUAGGUAAACACGAGCCACAGCCGCAGAGCAAGCCUUUGUCCGCAGAAGCAGAACAGACCAUAGAACCAGCACCCAUUGGUGAGACCAUGGCAGAAGCCGAAUCACAAGACGAGGUCUUUGGCCUGGAUGAGGCAGAUGUGAACCCGAACAAUGGCUGCCCCUCUGAGAAGGCGGCGGCGGUGACUGACUCCACGGGCACUGAGGGGCCCAGCAGCUCCUGGAACGAGACCAGCACAGCUGAUGCUGACGAUAGUGCCGUGCCACGCCCCCACCUGGUCCGCCUCUUCUCCCGAGAUGCCCCGGGCCGCGAGGACAACACCUUCAAAGACCGCCCUUCUGAAUCAGAUGAGCUACAGACCAUCCAAGAGCACAGCGGAGCGGGAUCAGAGUGCGGUUCAGAGGAUCAGGAUCUAGACUAAGUUUGUUUCUUUGCUCUCCUUUCUCUCUCUUAAUACCCCCUUCGCUCUUACCUGAGAGACAGAACCCCACUUACAGAGAUACUAGCUGCACUACCCAACCCAAACCACUGACAUGGCAACUGCAAGCUCCUCUGGACUGUCUAGCCUGGGAAGGAAAAAGAAGGCCCCUGGCCUUAUGGAUCAAAUUGGGAACUUCUUUGGAGGGGACAAGAAGAGGAAGAGCAAGGGUUCCUUCCGUGGCCUGUCCUCCUCUCCUGCCAGACCUGCCAAGGCAGCCCCUAAGGGAGGGGAGAACGCUGUUGUACGCCUCUUCAGAACGAUCGUGUCCCCUGCCCCUCCUAAGUCUAGGUGGACGGCAAUGACUGCGAAACUAGGCCUGGGGUCUCAGAAGUCAACAGGAUCCGCUAAGGCAAAGAAGGCCGGUGCAGGAGACAGCGGAACCCUGUCCAAGAUCUUCAAAAUGUGAUGAUACCCAGCACUCAGGCACAAGCCGGACUGGGUCUCUACCCAAAAAAUGAGGUCCCCUUUCAAGAGCACAAAGGCAGAUGUCAAGAAAAGGGACGCAAGUGGGGGGAAACAAAGAAGAUACAAGAACAGAUCUUUGUCGACUCACACACCUCUUCUCCCUGCUUUUCUAACACUUUCAUUUUAUAACUCAAAUGCCUCCCCCACCGCACCCGGCUGGUAGAUAUAGCGACACAAUCUGUGCCUCCCCCCCACCCCGCACCCUGCUCCACCCUCCUGUGCAACCAUCUUGGAUGUGAACUGUUGCUGAAGUCAUCCGGACCCCCUCUUACAGCCUAAAGGACCCCUGUCAUAGCUUUACAGUAUCUGUGUCUUCAUUUAUAUUUCUCUGUCUGUCUGUAUAGUCGUUUAACAAGGCUGGCUAACUGGACCAGACCUGGCUGAAGUAGCUUAGGUCCAAUUGACCUGGCCCUGACCGCUUGUGGUUGUGAAAGUAUGACCAGGUCUGGUUCUGGUUCAGAAACGAGUGAUUAUCUGUCUUGUCAUGCUCGUCUUUGCCCACCCCCACCCCCACCCCCAAACCCCACACACUCUCCCAUUUCUGUACACCCUGACAUGAAUUCAUAGCUAAGCAUCGUCUUACUCAGUUGGUCAUGUGUUUGUAUGUCUCCCCUCCUGUAUCAUCAGUGUAAGUGUCCUGUCUUAAGUGUUGCUGUCUUUCCAUGUUUUUACAUUAGGGCUUGCUGUGAUCUUCGGUGGUAAAAUGACAUCGAGCUACUGAAAGCUGUUAACCUACUAAAAGUCUCUUGUCUGUAGUAUCCACUGAAUUGUAGACGUCAAUCAUUUCUAAUGUUGUUUUCAUUUGAUUUCCAGUACAUGUAGAUUGAUUAUGACACUAAUGGGAGUUUCCCCAUCCAGACACAACUGGGAUUCGUCUAAAGUGCACUGUUUUGACCGUUGAAAAGCCAGACACUGACUGCUCUGAAACCAAGCUCACGCUGGACCUGCUACAAGCAUGGCAUUUCCAACGGGGGGACAGAUUCAGACCCUUCCCCCAUUAGUGUAGACUAGAUUCUGUAGUCUUCAGUAUCUCUUGCUUUAUAUAUCUAUCAAAGCACUGCACACAAUAUGAAUACAAAAACAGCUAGCUAAGCAAUGCCAUUUCUGACUGCCAAAAACAAUGUGGUGUGUUUACUCUGUGUGGAUAUUAAAAGACCAACACUGUCAUAAAGGUGCUCGUUAUUUAACCGUGUAAAAGCAUAAACGUUAUUAAAAAAAAAAGAUGGAUAUAGAGGACGUGGAGUUUGUCGACCAAGGCACGAGCGACGAGUUGCAUAAACUGCUUAUUACUGUCCAAUACCCCCCCCCCCCACACCAGUGUCUUUCCUCAAUUUGUUUAAAAACAAACGUGUCAUCUGUAGCAUUACUCUGCCUGCCCCCGUCGCCCCUCCCCCAUGUCUUAAAGUGUGCGCGCAUUUUUGUAUGGGUCCUGUGAAUGAAUGUAAAUUAAACUCUUGAGACCCUCAUUGUUGUAUCUGUAAUAAAAAAAAAUGAUGUACGACCAGCCACUUACCUAGAAAAAAUAAAUAAAGCAUUUAAAAAUCAUAAAA